UGACAAGAGAACCAAACUUCAACCCUCUCUUUCACUUCCUAAUUUGUACUCAUCAAGACAAAAGAAAACCCUUUUUCUCUACUCAGAUUACAUAUCACAAAACCAAGCCACCCCAGCCGCUCUCUCUCUCUCAGUUUUUCUCUCAUUUCUCAAAUCCAUAAACCUUACCAGCAAAUUCCCACCAAAAUGUCAAUCUAACACCCUAAAUCCCAAAAAAUAUCUUCUGGGAUUUGAUCACCUGGCCUUGUUUAUGAGCAAGUAAUCGAGCUCCAGCCACUUCACCAACUUACAAAGCACAUGAUGUUUAUUUUCAUACCAAUGCAGUUCAAAUACUGAUCCGAAUAGCAAAGAGUGUGGGAACAUGGUCAUAAAGGCAAAGCCAGUAGGUAUGAUACGUGCAAUAGAUAAUGUCAAUGGGGAGGAUGGAGGGUCUAGACUUGAACCCCAAGUGGGGUUAGAGUUUGAUUCGUCUGAUGAUGCACGUGAGUGUUACAGUCUAUAUGCAAAGCGUAUGGGCUUUAAGAUUCGGACAGGUCAGCUCUAUCGAUCAAGAACUGAUGGGUCAGUUUCCUCUCGAAGAUUUGUUUGCUCAAAGGAGGGGUUUCAGACCAAUUCGCGAACUGGUUGUCCGGCAUUCAUAAGGGUACAAAGAAAUGCUUCUGGGAAGUGGGUCAUUGACCACUUUUUCAAGGAUCACAAUCAUGAUCUUGAAUCUACGGGUGAAAACCCCACUCCUGUUAUGCAGUCAAAGCCACCUAUAGUUAAGAAUUCAUUGGCUGAUGUAACCCAGAGGUCAAAAGUCAAAUUGCUUGAGGAUGUAGAGGAUAGACGGCCAUGCCCAUCUGGUGUUAUUAAUGUUAAACGUGUUAAAAGGGAUGGAGAUGAUGGGCAAUCCAAAGUUCAACCUUUUUUGGGUCUAGUGUUUAAUUCAGCUAAUGAAGCAUACCAAUUGUAUCAUUCGUAUGGAGCAAAUAAAGGUUUUAGAGUUCGAAUUGGUCAACUGUUUCGCUCGAGGCAUGAUGGGUCAAUUUCAUCCAGGCGAUUUGUUUGCUCAAAGGAAGGGUUUCAGCACCCAUCAAGAGUAGGUUGUGGGGCAUAUAUGCGGAUCAAGAGACAAGAAUCUGGAACAUGGGUAGUGGACCGUCUUCGGGAAGAUCAUAAUCAUGGUCUUGGGACUCAAAUGGAAACUCAUAAAGGCAGUUUGAAUGCUUCAAAUAGAUUCAUAGAGGUGGUAAAUGGUGGUUUGCAAAAUAAAGAUUUAGUUACCAAAUAUAACAAAAACCUUGUAAAAAGAUGGCGAGAAAAACACAAUCGGAGUGAUUGGUAUCAUGUGCUUUUUGAGUAUUUUCAAAGCAAACAGGCAGAAGAUACAGGAUUCUUUCAUGCAGUAGAGGUUAAUGGUGGAAAUUGCAUGAGUAUUUUCUGGGCCGAUGGGAGAUCUAGAUAUUCUUGCAGUCAGUUUGGUGAUGCGAUUGUUCUAGAUACUUCUUACAAAAAUAGUGUGUAUUUGGUUCCUUUUGCUACUUUUGUUGGAGUGAACCACCAUAAGCAACCAGUGCUUCUUGGGUGUGCUCUUAUUGCUGAUGAAUCUCUGGAGUCUUACACUUGGUUAUUUAAAACUUGGCUUAGGGCAAUGUCUGGGCGGCAUCCAUUGUCAAUAAUAGCUGAUGAAGACAAGGCCAUCCGACAAGCAAUAGCCGAAGUCUUCCCUGGGACUCAUCACCGUUUUUCAUUGUGGCAAAUUAAGGCAAAAGAACGGGAGUUUCUCAGUUCAAUGGAUAAUGGUUUUAAAUGUGAAUAUGAAAAGUGCACUCUUCAUAGUCAGACAGCUGAUGAAUUUGAUAUAGCAUGGAAUGCCCUUCUCAGCAGAUAUGGUUUGAAGGAGAAUGUAUGGCUGAAAGAAAUGUUUGAAAGCCGUGCAAGUUGGGUACCGCUAUACUUACGGGCCACAUUUUUUGCUGGCAUCUCCAUGAAUGAAAGCAUUGAUUCAUUCUUUGGCACACUUUUGAAUGCCCAAACACCGAUUGUAGAGUUUGUUUCACGAUAUGAAAGAGGUCUUGAGCAACGUCGUGAAGAAGAGAGAAAAGAGGACUUUGACACUUAUAACUUGCAGGCUUUUUUGCAGACAAAGGAACCAGUUGAAGAACAAUGUAGAAGGUUAUAUACACUUACGGUGUUUAAGAUAUUUCAAAAGGAGCUUUUACAAAGCUAUAGUUAUCUUGGAUUUAGGAUUUAUGAAGAAGGGGCAAACAGUAGAUAUUUGUUGCGUAAGUGUGGGAACGAUAAUGAGAAAAAUAUAGUUACAUUUUGUGCAUCCAAUCUCAAUGUGAGCUGUAGCUGUCAAAUGUUUGAAUUUGAAGGCGUGUUGUGUAGACAUGCUUUGAGAGUUUUCCAAAUAUUAGAAAUAAGAGAGGUACCAUCUCACUACAUCUUACAUCGAUGGACAAGAAAUGCCGAGUAUGGUACUGUUGGUGAUGCUGAAUCAGUGGGAACCUCCCAAGAACUUAAAGCUUUGAUGCUAUGGAGUUUAAGAGAAACAGCAUGUAAAUACAUAGAGGCUGGUUCAGCAUCUCUUGAAAAAUAUAAACUUGCCUAUGAGAUUAUGCGAGAGGGUGGAAGAAAGCUUUCUUGGCAAAGGUAGAUAACUGAGACAAAGGCAGGACAUACCUCUAGCACUAAAUUUUGUAGUUUGAACUGCAUGGGCAGCUAGGUUUUCCUGGUGUAACUCAGUUAUCUGAUAUAGAGCAUCGGCUUCCAUGGAAAAUAGCACUUCUUCUUGUUCAAUUCAAAGCUAUGUGAUUGAUGCA